CAGGACUCUCCGCAUUUCGGGUAUCCUUGGAUCCUACCAUAGAGUGACAGUAAACAAUGGGUGACGAGAGAGACGUUGAGAUUCUCCAUAAAUUGGAUGGUUUAAAAGAAAUUCGAUCAAAAACUAUCAAUCUUGAACGUAUAAAGACCAAGUUACGUCAGGAGUUUGACACAACAGAGAAUGAAGAUAAACUUAUUGCAGAGUAUAAGAAGGAGAUGGAGCUGUUGUUACAAGAGAAGAUGGCACAUGUGGAGGAGCUUAGACUGAUACAUGCUGAUAUAAAUCUGAUGGAAACAACAAUAAAGCAAGCUGAAGAGGAACGUAACAGAUCACUAGAGAAUGCAAAACACUUGUAUGAUGAUUAUAAACCACUGAAAGAGGAGGUAGAUUCCAUGAGAACCAGGGUUGGUCUGGAACCACUGCUGGGAUUAAAUGAUGAGGAGGAAAAAAUCUCACCACAGUACUUUGAUCGUCCAAAGUCGGAGUAUCACACAGAGCAACCAGGAACAUCUGAUCCUCAGCCUCAGAUACAGCCUCAGAUUGUAGCCCCUCCAGUGGUUCCCCCUCCUCUGCCUGUACAGAUGAACCGAGCCAAACCUACUACAGAGCAGCCAAGACAAGCAUUCAGGCAGCAACCACCACCCAUGAAGGCAUGUCUAUCAUGUCACCAGCAGAUCCAUCGCAAUGCUCCAAUAUGUCCGCUAUGUAAAGCCAAAAGCCGAUCUAGAAAUCCAAAGAAACCAAAGAGAAAGUUGGAUGAAUAAUCACACAUUUUACAUUAAGGUUAAACAUGUGGAAAGGAAAUAUGUUUACAUAGCUCUCACCAAAGAAUCAUUGUCAGCAUUACAAUAUGUUUAAGUGUUGUUUUACAGUAACUUUACAGAAUAGUUACAUCUCCGAUACAGAAGCUGCUGUUAGUUGUAUGACUGUUGUAAUGUGGUGUUAGAAUAGUAAAAGAAGUAGUCUUAUAAUGAUGUAUUGAAGUCUGUAAAUGAAAUGUUAAAAAGUCCUUGUAUUCAUAGGUACUUUGAGUUUAAAACAAAACAUUUUAAAACCAAACAUUACUGUAUCAUGUUAUUUGCAUUAAUUUCGAGCUACGCAUUGCCUUCUUUUAAAACAUCAUGUAAGUAUGCAAUGCUACUUUAUUAUGGGUUUAAAAGCAAAUUAUAUUUUAUACUGAAUAGAAUUGGUUGUGUGAUUUCAAAUCUAUAAUAUGUAGAUCUAAUCUCGUCAUUUCAAGUGUUGUGAACUCCUGUUUCAGUUUAAAAUGAGCACUGAAGUGCCAAAACUUAUGUUAGGGCUUUGAGACCAGCAAGGAUGCAGAUGAGAGCACUUCCAUACUAUUUGAGCCGCGCCAUGAGAAAACCAACAUAGUGGCUUUCCGACCAGCAUGGAUCCAGACCAGCCUGCGCAUCUGUGCAGUCUGGUCAGGAUCGAUGCUGUUCGCUUUCAAAGCCUAUUGCAAUUAGAGGAACUAUUAGUGAACAGCAUGGAUCCUCACCAGACUGCGCAGAUGCGCAGGCUGGUCUGGAUCCAUGUUGGUCACAAAGCCACUAUGUUGGUUUUCUCAUGGCACAUCUCAUUUGUUUAUCAGUUUCAGCUGUUGUAUGCAACUGAUAAACCCUAACGUUGGUUUUCACACAGUGGUGCUUAAAGGUCCAUUACUAAGGGAAAGUGAGUUGGCAAUUUUUUUCAUAGCCAGUGCAUGGACUUCUGCAAGACACUAAAUAAUGAAGAUUGGCAGGUCAAAAUUUACAGAAGGUCUUUGGAACUUAAAGAAAUGUAUGUGUAUUAUGUUGAAAUUUCAAUAAAUCGACAGAAUGACCCCCCCAGGUCUUUUUAACUUUCUUCAUACUUCAUAGAAAAAUAAUUGUACAUAUACUGCAAUUUAUUUCGAAUUUCUACAUACCAACUUUCAUUUUCCAAUAAAAUGAAAUAGUUUCUGUGCUUUUUAAAAGAAAUUAAAAUGUUCACUUUCCUUAGUAUUGGACCUUUAAAUUUUUUUUAAAUUCUUGUUUUGUAUAAUUUUACAUGUAUCGUGUUUAUGAAAGUUUUCAUUUUCUACAUUCCAUAGUCUUCCAGGUGCUAUAAUCUUAAAGUUUCAGUUUGUGUUCAGUCUUUGAUAAUUUUCAAUGGUCAGAAUUCAUCGUUUGUUUACAAGGUUGUUGUAGUUGUUACUAAGUUGUAUGUUUGUGACCAAAUAACUUUAACUAAGCCAUUUAGUCUAUUAAUCAUCUUAAUAUCUUUUAACUAGUUUGAAGAACUGAUUUUUUUUUUUGACAAAUUACUGUCUAAAAGUUCAUCACAAUAUCAAAAUUGUAAAAAUAGUUGGCAACAUUGUUUUUGGACAUAAAAAUUGAUAUGACAUUGAACUAUCAGUGUGUCAGUGGUGUUUACAUAGUAUGUACCUCAUACUGAGUAAGGUGUAAGCCAAACUAUAUUUUCCCUAUCUUGUUGCUGCAAUAUUUACUGUGAGACUACCAGGGAAACACAUGGAAGAUUUUUCCUACACCAGGUUAAUCAUGAAAUGCUGUCUUCAGCUUACAGGAUAACUUUUUUUUUUAAUUAGGAUAACUUUGUUUUUUUUAAUUUUUAUUUAUUGUUAUAUUAUAACAAAUAAGAACAAAAACUGAACUAAAAAAGAAAGACAGAUCAAGAAGCCUGUCCACUAAAUAGCAAAAUGAGACACAUUAGUAUAUAUAUAGUACAUACAAACUUACUGUAUCAUUUUUUCACCAAUAAUUAUGUGACAGACAUAUUGGGUGUCUCUUGUCACCAGAAGUCACAAAUAUAAUGUAACAUUUUAAAUUGGUGAAAAUCUAAUAAUUACUAUCCUAGGUAACACAAAUUGAUUGAUAGAUACUAAAAUAUUCAUGCCAGUACUUGGUCUGUCUUUUAUUGUGUAACACGGGUAAGAUGUUAUAUGUCUGAAUUGUUUCCGACUCUAUUGGAAAGUCAUUUAUUUACUUAUGUGUAGAAGAGAAGCAGGUCUGACUGGGUGUCUAGGCAGCUGUUGUUGCAUAGCAUACCGUAUGUGUUUGUAUUUGACUUAGAACUUGUCUUUUGUAAUGAUAUAAUUAUGAAUAAAUUAGAUUUUACAGAAUA